CCAGACUGGAAGCAUCGUCAAAAUUACGACAGCACCUGAAGUCAGCAGUGGAUCCUGUUGAGAGAUACAGCGAGUGGCCCGGUGUCACGCAUGGCUCACCGGGCGGUCUGGCUCCUGGUCGCUCUGUCCGGUGUCCUGAAUGUGCGCUCCUGCUGGGCUUAUGCCUGUCCGGCCAUCUGCCACUGCACCGCCGAGACUUUUCGGUGCACCAGAGACACUCAGCUGGCCUCUCGGGCAGGAGCAAGAUCCGUGUCUCGACUAAGGCUCAAUCAUCUGCCCUUGAAAGAAGUCCCCAUGUAUGCCUUCAAGGAACUGAUCAACAUUACAAUAAUUGAGAUCUCCCAGAGUGACUGCAUCACACAUAUACACAGACAUGCCUUCCUCUCCCUCCACAGCCUGACUCAAAUUUGUGUGCAGAAUAUCAACAGUCUGAGAGUUAUUGAAAAAGGAGCCUUCACUGACCUCCCCAAACUGGAAUAUUUGAGUAUCUCCAACACAGGGCUGAGACACUUCCCAGAUUUCACAACUAUCUCUUCCCUGGUGCCAAAUUUUAUCCUAGACAUGGCAGACAACAUGAUGAUCGACAUCAUUCCUGCCAAUUCUUUCCAGGGCAUCACAGAGGAGUAUGUUGAGAUGAACCUGUUUAGAAACGGCUUCAAGAAAAUCAAAUCGCAUGCAUUCAACGGAACCAAGCUCAACACAUUGAUUUUGAAAGACAACUGGUAUCUGAGUGACAUUGAAGAAGACGCUUUUGAAGGAGCCACAGGUCCAAGUACUCUGGAUGUUUCCUCCACCGCUCUGAGCUCCCUCCCCCCUGCAGGAUUAAGGCAGGUGAGGUUUUUGAGUGCCAGCUUUGCCUACGCUCUGAAGACCCUCCCUCAGCUGGAGAGCCUGGCUGAGCUGCUGGAAGCCGAACUCACUUACCCAAGCCACUGCUGUGCCUUUGACAAGUGGCGCCGAAAACAAAGGGAAAGUGCCUUAAAGAACUUCACAAAGUUGUGUGAUCUCAGCAAACCUGAAUUAGAGCCCAAUGCAGAUGGCGAGGACUUUAUCGACUACAUCAACUUCCAGUACCCGGACCUGGAAUUCAAUUGUCUUAAAAACCCCUUCGUAAAGUGCACGCCAAAGCCAGACGCCUUUAACCCCUGUGAGGACCUGCUGGGCUUUCCCUUCCUGCGCUGUCUCACCUGGAUCAUCACCGUGUUCGCUGUGACCGGAAACCUGGCUGUUCUGGCUAUGCUGCUCAUUGGCCACCACAAGCUAACCAUCUCCAGGUUCCUCAUGUGUAACCUGGCCUUCGCUGACCUGUGCAUGGGCCUCUACCUGAUGCUCAUUGCCUUCAUGGACUACCUCUCCCGUCACGAGUACUACAACCACGCCACAGACUGGCAGACGGGGCACGGAUGCGGCGUGGCGGGGUUCCUGACAGUGUUUGCCAGCGAGCUAUCGGUGUACACGCUGACUGUAAUUAGCCUUGAACGCUGGCACACCAUCACCAAUGCCAUGCACGUCAACAAGAGGCUGCGGAUGCACCACGUGGCGGCCAUAAUGGGGACAGGCUGGGCUUUCUCUCUGCUGGUCGCCCUGCUCCCUCUUGUGGGGGUCAGCAGCUACAGCAAGGUGAGCAUCUGUCUGCCCAUGGACAUCGACACGCUGGACUCUCAGGUUUACGUGGUGGCCGUGCUCAUCCUCAACGUUGUCGCUUUCCUGGUGGUCUGCUACUGUUACAUAUGCAUAUAUCUGAGUGUUCGCAACCCGAAGCACUCUACCCGCAACGGCGACACCAAGAUUGCCAAGCGCAUGGCCGUGCUCAUUUUCACUGACUUUGUGUGCAUGGCCCCGAUCUCCUUCUUCGCCAUCUCGGCGGCCCUGGGAGUGCCCCUCAUAACCGUGUCUAACUCAAAGAUCUUGCUCAUCCUGUUUUAUCCCAUCAACUCCCUCUGCAACCCCUUCUUGUACACACUCUUCACACGGGCUUUCAGGAAGGACGUGUGCCAGCUGCUGAGUCGCUGCGGCUGCUGCCAUGCCAAAGACUUCUACAGGUCACAGGCUCUGGCUUCACACCUCAACUCUACCCAAAAAACGCCCAACAGAAACCCUCACUCGCUUAGCAUCUACGCCUAUCACAUUAAGAUGAAGGAUUGCUUUCUGAGUAAGGGAGCCACAUGAUCAUCAACACUGGGAACUUUAUUAGGAACUUAAAAGCAGCCGCUGCUGCUGAAAAUGUAGCAUUUCUUCAAAUUGUAUGUACAUAAAGGUGAAGAGAGCAGUUGAUGCAGGCUGCAUUUCUGCACAAAAAUGUGGUACAAAGAAGCAGAUGGAUGGGGCAGGAAUGGAGAAAUCUAUCCCAAAGCACUGAAAGUCACUUUUUUUAAUCAAGAUCAAAAUCAAUAUAGCGGCUUUUGUGUAAGAUGUUACAAGAAGAGACAUUUAGAUCUAUUAAAGAUCAAUAAGUAGAAUACACUGAAGUGUCUGUUUCAGCUCAUCAGAGAUGAGUUUUAGUGCCAUCUAUUGGGUUGUUUUACACACGAGACUUAAAGAUUGAAGACAUGCCAAAGCAACCACAGAAACUCAGUUCAAGCUAAAUAUUACUGCUGUUCAAAAUGUGAUUUUCAUGACAUUUUAAUAAAAUGUUUUUUUAAAAAUU